GUGCAGGCCCCUCACCAGAGUGGGAGGUGCCCUGUGCAGGAGGAAGGCUGUUUGUGCCCACACUGGUAACAGGGACCCUUGGAGAAGUGUGAUUCUCCUGCAGAGAUGAUGAAUGGCCAAGGGAGAGUCAGUCCUGGAAGUGCAGCCCCAGCAGAAGAGAGAGGCUGCUCCUGGCUGAACAUCUGUGUCUUCCUUAUUUUUGCCCUUGCAAUCAAAGCUGCCAUUGGGACCUUGUGCCUCUUGUUUGUGCUGCACCCUGGUUUCAGGAGCUGCAGCUUGGUUCCCUUCUGCCACAGCAGUGACCAGCCCUCAGCCCUGCAGCAGCAGUUCUCGGAGUGGGAGUGCGGCUCAGCGGUGCCACAAGGCACAGACCGAGGCUGGAUGUGCUGCCCAAAGGGCUGGAGAAGGUUUGAAGGAAGCUGCUAUUUCCUGUCCACUGACAUCAUGAACUGUGCUGAGAGUGCAGAGAACUGCACUGGGAUGGGCUCCCACCUGGUGGUGAUCACCAGCAGUGCAGAGCAGGAAUUUCUCAUUGAGCAGGGAACUCAGCCUUCAAAAGAAAUUAAUUUUUACAUUGGUCUGUUUGAGGAUGAUGUGGGCCAGUGGCAGUGGGUGGACAAGUCUCCCUACAAUGGGACAGCAGCAUGA